GUUUGACAGUUUGGCAAAAACAAAUCGUAUAUCCAUAUGGAAUAAUAUUUUCUUUUUUUUACAAGAGGUAAUUCUAAUUGUAAUUGAAAGUAGAAUUAUUCUUUAUAAUUGAAACAUACCUGGAACCCUUAAACAAGAAGAUAAAUUAGCAGAUAACCUGACAAUGGCAGACUGGGAAGAAGUUAAACGUUUAGCAGCUGAUUUUCAGAAGGUUCAGUUAAGCUCAACAACACAAAGGUUGUCUGAAAGGAAUUGUAUUGAAAUAGUGUCAUGGCUCAUCGACCACAAAAUGAUAGAUUUAAUCUUUACAAGUGACGGAAAAGAGUACCUGACGCCCUCACAAUUGAUAAAUGAUAUACGAGGAGAGCUGUAUGACAAUGGAGGACGUAUAAAUUUAGUAGAACUGUCGAAAUCAUUAGGAGUUGAUCUAGGCCAUGUUAAUGCUCAUAUUAACGACGUAGUGAAAGGACAAAAAGAUAUACAGUCGAUAUUAGGUCAAUUGAUCGAUAGCUCAUACAUAACAAGAAUUGCAGGAGAAAUUAAUGAAAAAUUAUCUCAGCAGGGUCAAAUAAAUGUCAGUGAUUUAACAAUACAGUAUGAUCUUCCCGCAGAUUUUCUGCAGCAACAAGUUUUAGAAAAAAAUUUAGGGAAAUUGAUCUUUGGAAAGCAAGAUCAGAAUGACCCGAGAAUAUUUUUCACUGAGUCGUUUAUCGCUAGAAGUAAGGCAAAAAUUAGGGGAGCAUUAGGUGGUUUAACUAGACCCACACCAGUUGCGUCAAUUCUAAAUCAGGUUGAUAUGAGCGAAAAAUUAUUCUUUUCACUUUUUGAACAAACUGAUGCUUAUGGCUCGCUCACAGGUAGAAUGGCAGGAGCUCAAUAUAUUCCUAAUGUUUAUGCCAGGUCGCAAAGUGAAUGGGUCAACAACUUCUAUAAACAAAAUGGUUAUUUGGAAUUUGAUGCCUUGACCCGUUUAGGGAUAUCAGAUUACAAGACUUAUAUUAAAAAACAACUGUCUAGUGAAGAAAUCCUUUUGCUGAAUUCAUGUGUUAUUUCUAAGAACAUACUGGAACGUGUAGAAGCAGACAUCGACGAAUGUAUCUCAAGUAAAUCGUAUGUUGACCUUCAAAGCAACCUACCUUCAGUUUUUAAUGAAAAAGAUGUACAAGCAAUACUAAACUCUGUUUUAACAGGACAGAAACAACAGCAAACAAUUGUUAUUGAUAGUUUUAUUAUUAGUAAAUCGUUUAUAGAUAAUUUAUCUAAAACUUGUGAUGAACUAGUGAAGGAAAAAACCAAAAAUAUUGUUGAAUCUGGUAAAUACCAGCAAUAUCAGAUAAGUCUGCAGGCUUCGCAGGCUAAGGUACAGAAAUUUGAGGAUGUGGAAGAGAAGGUGGACAAACGGGAAGAACGCAGGAAGAAGGCAGCUGGUGGAAAGAGUGGUGGUGGCACCCAAGGUAGAGAAACAAAAACUAAGUCGACUAAGAAACAAAGUAAACUACUUAGUAGAAAUUCUGAAGAGGACACUGAAAUUGUAGAAAGGAAGGCAUCGUUAGAAAUUGUCAGUGCCGAUGACGUUAAAGGUAUUAUACAGGAUAGUUUAGAAGAAGAAGGUUUGGACGAUCUGAUUGAACCUCUCACGCAAUACUUAUUGCCCAAAUUAAACGAGCAGGGAUUAGAAAUUGCAGCUAAUAUUUAUGCUACAACGGUAGCUGACAGGACUGCUAACCGAAGGCAGACCCACAAUGAACUACAAAAUAAAUUAAACGCUUUGAUUGGAGAUGUCCGGUUAUUCGAAAAGGGAAUUAAACUCUUACCUAAUGAUUUACAAACCCUAUUAGUAAAAUAUUUACUAAAAACUUUGUGUACGGACAUUGUAACGGAAAUACUAAAUUAUGUGGCAGCAGAACAGAAUUCAAGUCUUGUUACGGAUAGCUUUAACAACGACCAGAGGCUUAAAUUUGUUAAUGACUUACCUGCGGAGUUUAAAGUUCCGCUGUUGCCACUAGUGAAAAGUUUAACAGGUCAGAAUAUUGAUGAUUUUAUGACUGCUGUAGAGGAAGGCCUAAGCGCCUGCAGUAUGAUUAUUAAAAAGAUUGACAAGAAGAAGGAUCGUACAAUUGUUUUGAACCAUAAGCAUCAACUGCUGGAACAGUUGAAUAAAUGCGAGGAUUUGGCAUUGGUGCUGCAUCUUGCCACUUUGGUGAUUUUCACUACUGCCACUCAGUGUAUGCUUCAUGCCAGCGGCAGGCAUGUUUCUGGAUUGUUGUCGUUUCUGAAACAAUAUUUGGCUGAAGAUCAGCAUGCAGAAUUUACCUCCUAUCAUGAUUUUGUUACCCUAAUGUUAAGUGCAGGAUCAGAAGCCGAAAAUGCAAAGGAAAAGCUAAAGGAAAAGAUGGCCACAAUAAAAAGCAUAGCAAAUGAUUUUAAGAAGCCUGGAGCAGAGAAGUCAUAAUAUUUGGGAUUAAUAAUUGGUACUCUUUUUAUUUGAAGUAUAUCCUGUACAAAAUUUCGCCAUAGUCACAUAACUGUUUAUGUGCUAGCAAUUUUUAUAAAGAAUCAAUCUUGGCUAAUACAAAUGAUGUCAGUUAGGAGUAACGGUGAAAGAUGUAAAUGUAUAUAACUUGUUUGUAUAUAUUUUACAAAGUAGUUUUUUUGUUUUAUAAAUAUAGGAGCUUCUAAUUUAAGUUUAGUUUUACCUGGCUAAGUGUAAAUAAUGAUUUUACUUAUAUUAAUAAAUAUUCGAGUAAUUUA